CCGUGACUCCUCCGCAGUUUGCGCGGACGCAGACGAGUCAGCCUGUACUCUGACAGCCAAUGAGCCUCCCCCGCGCCCCAUCGCGGCCGCACCAUGCAGUCCCCGGCCGACUGGCCCCCGGCCCCCGGCGCCCUGCGGCCCUCGCCCUUCCCGCACCCGGCGCUGCACGCUCUCCACCGCCUGGCGCGCGCGCUGCUCUUCCCGGCCUACUGGACCCUGGAUCAGCUGCUGGGCUGCUGGGCACCGGCGGCGCGCCCGACGCGCCUGGGGUGGCUGAGACGGGCGGCCCGCGGAGGCGCGGCGCUGCUGCUGCUGCUGGCGGUCGGCCUGCCCCCGGCGCUGCCCGGCCUGCUGCUCUGGCUGUGGCUGCAGGUUUGGCGCCGCCCCUUCUGCUACCGCCCCCCUCCGCUGUGCUGGGCGCCGCCCGCGCCCUGGCGCCCGCCGGCUGAACCCGGGCGCUGCUUCGCCUUCCUCACAGCCAAUCUGUGCCUGCUCCCCGACGGGCUGGCGCGCUUCAGCAACCUGCCGCACAGCCAGCGACGGGCCGAGGCCAUCGGCGCCGCGCUGCUGGCCGGUCUGCGGCCCGCGCUCUACAGGGCGACGGACUGCAACCAGCCCUGGCCCAGGGCGCCGCGCGGGGCACUGGUGGCCUCGCUGCCUUUGGGUCUGGACUUUGUGUGCCUGCAGGAGGUAUUCGAUCUGCGAGCGGCGCGUCGCCUGGUGAACCGCCUGGCGCCCGACCUGGGUCCGGUGCUGUACGACGUGGGCACCUUCGGCCUACAGCCGGGGCCGCACCUUAAGCUACUGGGCAGCGGGCUGCUGCUGGCCUCGCGCUACCCGCUGCUGCGCGCCUCCUUCCGUUGCUUCCCCCAUGCGCGUGGCGAGGACGCGCUGGCUUCCAAGGGACUACUGUCCGCACAGGCGCAGCUGGGCAGCCUGGACGGGCGCCGCGUCGUGGGAUUCCUGCACUGCACGCACUUGCAAGCACCGGCUGGCAAGGGAAUUCCUGAGAAGUGCCAGUCGGGGCUCACACACCAGGAACUGGGGAGGCGGGGGCUGGACGCCGGCUUGAAUCGGAGCCAAGGACACCCCACGCCCCUCCCCGCCGCAGAGGACGGGCCCUUGCGCAGCAAACAGCUGACGCUGCUGCUGGACUGGGCCGAGCAGUUUGAGGCACAGAGCGACCACAGUGGAGACGUCGUGGCUUUCAGCGUGCUCCUGAGCGACCUAAACUUCGAUAACUGCUCAAAAGGUCGAGCAAGAGGGAAGGGAGGGGGGGAGGGGGGAGGGCGCAGCCAGGAGGCCCACCCUCCUCCCCCCACCGCGAGCCGGUCUGUCUCUGCAGACCACGCGCUGGAGCAGGAACACGAGCUCUUCAGCCGCUUCCAGGACCCCUGCCGGCUGGGCACGCGCCAGGAGCAGCCCUGGGCCCUGGGGACCGUCCUGAGCACCUCCGCGCUCCACCACUCCGUAGCCUGCUCCCCCGAGAUGCUGCGGCGGGCCCUGGAGCAGGAGAAAGGGCGCCACCUCUACCUGGCCGGCCCUCCGCGCAGAAGCCGCCGGGCUAAGCCCUGGAGAGGUCGGCGCCUGGACUACAUCACCUACCGCGGAGUUCCCGGCGGCCCGCUGCGCCCAGAGGUGGAGCAGGUGACGUUCAGUACCGCCCUGGCGGGGCUCACCGACCACCUGGCGGUGGGCCUGCACCUGCGCGUCUCCGCGUCCUCCUGAGGCCGGCGCAGACGGAGGGCGCGCGGCCCGCACACGCAGACACGGCUCGGGGCACGAAGGAGGCGAAGCGGG